AUGGAUGGAAUAAACUCAAUCCUCAGCUCAAAGAUCCCUGGCGCCCCUCGCACAAAAACAAUACCGAAAUGGCGCGAGAAGCACGAAGAAAAACUUAAAGAAAAUAAGAAGGCUCAGGAAUUAGAAAAGAAGAACAUAUUUGAUUCAGAAUCUGAUCAGGAAACCAAUGAUUUUAAGAAAGUAAGGCGACUGCGUACUGUGGUGCCCGGACUGCAUUCUACUUUGAAGAGUAUGCACAACUUAGAUGUUUUCGAACCCCACAGAAGAAAAAAAUCGGCUCAGUACACAGAUCUGUUUAAUAAAAUGCUUAAGGGUAAGGCCUCCAAGAUUUCCGAGCUUAAUCCCCUUCUAAAAUCAACUAAUCGCUUAAAGGUUGCAUCACCAAAUGAAAAUGCAAAAGUAAAAACUACCAAAAUCGAAAGCAACAGGCAAAUGACAAAACCAUUCGGGGAAAUGCUCAAGGGCAAAGAAACCAAAAUACCAGAACUUAAUCGGUCAUUGAGAAGCCGAUUUCGAAUAAUACCCCUUGAAGUAUCCUCCAGCGAACUAUAUUCAGUACAGAUAAACCAGGAGCCAAUAAUAUCGAGUCAAAAAGCAUCCAUCAAUUUAGAUUUUCCUUUUCAAGAUGGUUCUUUUAGUAAGUCAGGUUCGUCUAAAACAACUAAAGUUCCAGAGGUUUCCCCACCUUCUGAAAAAAGAAUAGUUUCCAAUGACCAAAGCGUUCCGGGAAGUUUUGGAAAAAUAGUGGAAACUUUUGGAAAAAUAGUGACCAAAGAACCCGAGGUUUCGCGACAUUCCGAGACAAUUCUGGAAGCCAAAGAAUCUCGAUUGUCACGACAUCGUGGAUCACCAAGGCGCACACAACGACCACCAAAAUUCCAAUCCAGUUCGUCCAGUGAUUUCGAUCAGUUAUCGCUCAAGUCAAAUCGGUCUUCGAGGUAUCACUUUUCGUCUGUGCCUGGGAAGAGGAUAAACCUCAAGAAAUUCUACCACUACAUAAAGAACUCAAUGCCAGAUCGGAAAAUAUUUCGCCAGAUGAAUUCGAAGAAUCCGAUUUCGUACUUGAAAAGCGAAAAAAGCUUUUUUUAUCGGAGGUCCAGCCCAACUCCAAUGGAUAAGAGCCAACGAAUUGGCGGAUCAGUAAUCAGCACAGCGGAUAUUGCCCAGUCCUUGUUACCGAUACGGAAGAUGGAAAAGAAGGAUCUCGACUCCAUGGAUACGGAGGAAGACUUGUUUGCCACUUUUCCGGAGGACUACGAUGCCCAAGACGGCCUGAAGAAGACAAUAAACGACAUCAUAGCUGGCAUUGCCAAGGUGGAAAAGGCCCGAAAGAAAUCCCAGCCAAAGCGGGUCAGGCAUAGGUCAAAGUCCAGUAAAGGGACUCCGGAUCCCACCGCCAACCGCCAGAGCGCCUUGUCCCUAAGAUCGGUGGGCGAGGAGGUUAAGAUCCGUGAGAACCAGGCAGUCAGGGAUGUUGAUUCUCGGGAACAGUGGCAGCAGAUUUUCUACACGGAGGAGCGGGCGGCUGUGCAGGCACGCAUCCAGGAGCUAAUGAAGGAGGUGGCCAUACGCGAGGACUUUCGACCCCCAAAACCCCCGAGGGAUUUUGUAACGGAGAACAUUCUUAGGCUUCGAAAUAUUCAGCCGACCAAAAUAUCCCAAAAUAGCCUGGAGGAAACGAUGAAACCGCCAGAAAAGUACCCUACCUUGAGUGAGGUACUGACGGUGCCCAAUGUACCUUUACAUCUUUCGGAAAUCUCUGCAGGGAUCUACAACAAGUUCAAGGACUUUGCCAAAUCGCCACUGAAGCCCGUAAAAAUUCGUCGCUACAGUGAAAAAGUGUGGAAGGGCCAAAUGGAAUCCGAAGAAGCUGAGAUUAAGAAAUCCUCCGAUGCAGAUGAGAAGUUCAAUGAAAGGGAAAAAUGCGACUGCUGCCUCUGCAGUUUGGUUUCAAAAGGCAAGGACCCGGAAUUCAUACAAAAAGCUAAGGCCCAACUGCGUCGAAGUGAACUUCGGUCUUAUUACCUUAAAAUGAGGAGAAGGGAAUGGGAACAGCAGAUGUGUUGUCCAAAGAACUGCUAG